AUGGUUAAUAUUUUUAAAAGUGUACACCGUUUCAACUUAGUAUGUCUCAGUAAACUUACAAGAUCAUCGAACCGUAUGAGUAGUACUGAAUGCAACUCCAAAAUUUUCGAUAGGCGAAAAAUUAGAAACUUUAGUAUAGUAGCUCAUGUUGAUCAUGGCAAAAGUACUUUAGCUGACAGGCUACUGGAACUAACUGGUGUAAUAAAAGCUAGCGCAGAAAAUGCACAAGUACUAGAUCAGUUACAAGUUGAGAAGGAAAGAGGUAUAACAGUUAAAGCUGUUACAGCAUCACUAAACUAUACAUUUAAUAAUGAAUUAUAUCUCUUAAAUCUUAUAGAUACUCCAGGUCAUGUAGACUUUUCAAAUGAGGUUGUUAGGAGUGUAACAGCAUGCCAAGGAGUAAUUCUCUUAGUGGAUGCAAAUGAAGGUAUUCAGGCGCAAACUGUAGCUGUUCAUUCACUGGCCAAAAGAAAUAAUUUAGUUAUAAUCCCUACUCUAAAUAAAGUUGACUUACCUAGAGCUGAUCCUGAUAAUGUUAAGUCUCAGCUUAAUUCUCUUUUCAACAUUGACCCUGAAACAGUAUUGAGCAUAUCGGCAAAAAAGGGAUGGGGAGUUAAAGAAUUAUUGGAAGCUGUAAUAACUAGAAUACCACCACCAGAUGUAAACCCUGCUGGCUAUUUUAAAGCACAUAUAAUUGACACUUGGCAUGACAAGUACAGAGGAGUGCUUUGCUUAGCAUACAUUCACUCUGGAACUGUGGAAAUUGGGCAGGAAGUCAAAUGGCAAUCGAAUCCUAAACAGCAUACUGUAAAAUAUUUAGCAUUAUUGAGACCAGGUGAAGAAUCCAUUAAUAAAGCAGCGGCAGGUCAAGUUGUAAUGGUAGGUCUUGGUCCUAAAGGUGGUGGAAGUGUAGGUGACCAUUUAUUAUCUGUUGAGGCAACUGAUAUUGAUCAAACUGCAAAUGCACAACCAAUCAAACAUAUGGUAUAUGCUGGGAUAUUUCCUGCUGACCAAUCUCAGCAUAUUUUCCUCAGUGAUGCCAUUAAAAAAUUAGCUUUAAAUGAUUCUGCUGUUAGUGUUAAUGUUGAUUCAAGUCCAGCUUUAGGCCAAGGAUGGCGUGUGGGCUUCUUAGGUCUAUUGCAUCUUGAUGUUUUUACGCAAAGACUCCUACAAGAAUACAAAGCAGAGGCAAUUCUUACAGCUCCUUCAGUUCCAUAUAAAAUUAAGCUAAAAGGAUCUAAAAUCAUCAAACAAUACAAAAGUGAGGAGGUCAUCAUAACAAAUCCUUUACAGUUACCAGACUCUAGACACAUUGAAGAAUAUUAUGAGCCUUUUGUAAUGGGUACAAUAAUAACUCCUGUGGAGUUCAUUGGAGCAGUAACUACUCUGUGUGUAGACAGAAGGGGCACGCCACUACCUUCUAGUGCAGUCGAUGAAAAAAUGACAAUGAUGCAAUUUAUUCUUCCUCUGUCUGAAGUAGUAAUAGACUUUCAUGAUACACUUAAGAGCAUAACUUCCGGCUUUGCUAGUUUUGAUUAUCAAGAUUAUGGCUUUCAUCCUAGUGCUCUAGUGCGAAUGGACAUUCUUAUCAAUGGAAUUUUAGUGGAAGAAUUGUCUACUAUUGUUCACACCUCACGCUUAGAAUAUAAUGCUAGAAGGCUAACGGAAAAAUUAAAGGAAAUGAUACCACGACAAAUGGUGCAGGUUGCAAUUCAAGCAGUAGUUUCUGGGAAAGUGUAUGCAAGAGAAACAUUAAAAGCAUACAGAAAAGAUGUAACUGCUAAAUUGUACGGAGGUGAUGUCACACGCAGGAAGAAGCUACUAAAACAACAAGCAGAGGGUAAAAAGAAAAUGCGAAGUGUGGCCAACAUCAAAAUACCUAGAAAUACAUUUAUUGAUGUACUCAAGAGAUGA